AUGGCCGUGAUUGUGCUCCACAAAUGGUGGUGCUCAGCCGUAUCGGAUCGCGGCGACACCACAAGGUGCUUGCCCCCAACGGUGGCAAGUUGCUGGCUGCGAGUUGCCUGCUGCAAGUUGCUUGCUGCAAGUUGCAAGCUGCCAGUUUGCAGCUGCAAGCUCAAAAGCGAGUCCCUCCCAACUGGAAUAAUGCCUCUCAUACGGGUAUUGGCCGCAAUCGCAUGCUGUUGCCUCCUGGCGACCAACUGCAGUGGCGAGGAGAUCGAGGCGAUAGCCACCAAGGCCGCGGACAAGGUCGAGGCCAUCGCCACCACCAAGCUGACCCCCAGCAUCGAGGACGACCCCAAGAGCAAGACGGAGAAGCGCGACUCAUCGGUUCAGACAGGUGGCCCUUACCUGAGCCUAUCUAGCAAGGACCCACCAUUCCGGCCGAUAUAUCCGCCCAGCAGCCACUUUGAGGCGGAGCCUCCGACGCCCAUCUUCGGGCCCACCACACUGCGCUACACGGCAGCGGAGGCAGGACCGCAGGUGUUCUACGGACCGAAGGCGCCACCGCAGCACCGCUUCAGCUUCGCAAUGCCGCCGCAAGUGGAACCCUAUCAGCGGCAAGUUGCAUUUAAGCCAACUUCCGCACCUCUGCCGCCCCCGCAGCCGCAGCCCCAGUCGAUAUACAAUUACGGCGAACUGGAACCAGAGACGGGUGCCACCGCCCCACUGACCCACCACCAGCACCACCCCCAUUCCCAUCCCCAGCCCAAUCCCAGCCAGCAUUCCAAGUAUCUGCAGCAGCCGCAGCAGCAGAAGUUGCAGCAACGCGUUCAGUACAUCAUUGCCAUACCGCUGUCGUAUAUGCGACAGUUGCAGCAGCAGCAACAGUUGCAACAGCAACAGCAACAGCAGCAGCAGCCGUUCCUCUUCUCCCCACCACCACCCACCAGUGGCUCAACCAGCACCACCAGCACGGCACCAACUGCCCAGCAGUCCUCACCCACUAGCAGACACCCGGUGGUGCAGUUGCUGGGCGGUCCACUGGCCCGCGACCAUCAGGGUCAGUACAAGCCGUACUACCAAUCGGAUGCCGCCAGUGCACCGCUCGCGGGACCCACUGCACCACUGAUCCACCAGCCCUACCUGCAAAUCCCCACCAGCCUGCUCAUGGCCGCCGCCCAACAGCUGCAGCAGCAGCACCACCAACAGCCACAGCCUGUCUACGCCAAGGUCGCUGCACCACCAGCACCACCCACCUACCAGCCCGCCCAGCUGAUCUACCAACCCCAGGGGCACCACCAUCAGCCGCAGAUCCAACUGCAGCUGCAGCGGAUCUUCCUGCAACCACCGCAGCCCCAGCAGUCCACCAUCUACGCGGAACAGCCAGGUCCACUUUAUGCAUAUCCGCUGCAGCAGCAGCAGCAACACCAGCAACAGCAGCAACCCCAGCAACAGCAGCACCAGCAGCAACAGCAAUAUCAGAAGCCGCACCAACAACAGUCCUUGAAACAGUCGCAGCAGCAUCACAAAUACACGCCUGCAGCGCCUACGGCACCGACAGCAUUGACAACAUCAACAACGAGCACGGCAGCAACAUCCGAGGCAGCAGCAGCGGCAACGGCAACAGCGUCACAACAGGCUGCAGCAGCGGCAACGGCAACACGUCAGCAACACUUGCCCCUGGUGCACUACAAUCCCAUUUACGUGCAGGCACCCCCCGAGCAGCAAAAUCAGCUGCAGCAGCAGCAGCAGCAACAGCAGCAACAUCAAUUUGCCAUAUUGCCACGUUUUAGCAAUAAUAACCCCAAGGCCGUCUACAACAUGGCCCACGAAUCGGCGGCUCCGGCUCAGGCGCCCAUUCACGUGGUCAGAUUGUCGCCGGCAAAUGGUGCUCCGAUCCAUCACUACCACCAUUACCAGCCGACGUCCAUGUUGCAGCCGCUUUAUGCACCCCAUGCCCCGCAGCAAUAUGUGUCGUCGUAUGGGGCGGGCGAGGAAGGACACAAGUCGCAGGCCCCCAUUGCCAUUUCCGGUUCCGGCUCCUUUUUAGCCGGGCCCACACCAUCACCCCUGAUGACCGCAGGUUCGCAGCCGGCCAUUAUACCAUAUUUCAGCCAUCCGGGUGCCGUGCAUUAUGGCACGCAUUUGUAUCACCCGGGAGCGGCAACAGCACUGGGUGCAGCAGCAGCAGCAGCAACAUCGGGAGCAGGUGGACCAGGACCAGGAGCAGCGGGACCAAGAGCAGCAGGACACAGGGCAGCUGGUCAAAAGCAACAGUCAACCGCAACAAGUGGGGGACAGCUGCCAGGUGACAGCAACAAUAUUGUGAAAUAUCCCUAAAGCGCUCGAAGCAACAAUGACAGCAGCAACAGCAUCAGC